UUAUGUGUAAAAAUUGAGUUAUUUUCAGAUAAGUAUUUUACGGUCAGCUUAUUUUUUCUUCAUUCAUGAUCUGAGUUGGUAUCGAUGUCUAAUCACAGCUCACAUGGUUCUUCGGGCGAAGGAGCUAUAGAAAACGGAGGAGUAGCUGGCUCGACCGGCUAUUCUGGAGACUAUGAUUUUCUCAUCAAAUUCCUGGCAUUAGGAGACAGUGGUGUCGGCAAAACCUGCUUUUUGUAUCAAUACACAGACAAACAGUUUAGCUCCAAAUUCAUUUCAACCGUUGGAAUAGACUUCAGGGAACGCAGAAUUACGUUCAAACCUACAGACCAGCCCCCUAGUGUGAAGCCCUACAGAAUACAUCUGCAGUUGUGGGACACAGCCGGACAGGAAAGGUUCCGCAGUCUGACCACUGCUUUCUUCCGAGAUGCCAUGGGUUUCAUCCUGCUGUUCGACAUGACGAAUGAGGCCUCCUUUAUGAACGUGAGGAACUGGAUCUCGCAGCUGCAGAUGCACGCCUACUGCGAGAACCCUGACAUAGUGCUCUGUGCCAACAAGGAAGACAUCAGCGACAUCCGCAAAAUAUCCUACGAGCAGGGCAAAGACAUGGCCAACAAGUUCGGGCUACCCUACUUUGAAACAUCGGCCAAGACGGGGGUGAAUGUGGAAGAAGCGAUAAACUGUCUGCUUGGGAUGGUAAUGAAGCGAAUAGAAGAGAGUGUAGAGGAAACUACCCUGCCCACCAACAGGGAAAGGGGUACUAACUUAGGAGGCUCCGGUUCACAUGCCAAUCAGCACAACGACUCUUCGGGCGGCUCAGCGGGGACGGGGGCGUGUGGCAACUGCUAGACAGCAAAAACACUAUCAGUACAGAAUCAUGACACAUGAACAACCAUGAUUCAGAACUAAAGAUACAAAAAUGCUGAAGAUGUUGCGGCUUGAAUCAUGAUCCUGGUUCCUUCAUCGUAAUAAUGGCUUCUAAUAGCUACACAUAGGUACGAACCAUCCUGAGUAAUCAGCUCAAUUACUUUCGGACUUUCAAUUUAGAAUGAAUUAGUAUAAUGGAGCCAAUCAAUUGGCAGCAGCUGAGUAAAUUACCUUAAAUCAACGAGAAUUGGUGUAAUGUUUGAUCUUGUUCAGUUUGAGCGACGAUAGAUCCGGAUUUACCAUUUGCUGGAUAAUCGCAUGUGCUAUUAAGUCAUUUUUGGGGCUAUUUUGACAAGUAAUGAGUUUAGGCUUAAAUAAUAAUGAGCAGGUUUUAGAAUUUGGCAUAAAAUUUUUUCCAAAAUGAGUCUUUCAAAAAAUAUUUCACCAUUACAUACUGGAUGCUAUCCCAAACUAGCUCAUGAUUGACUCUUCUAUCACUAUCGCAAAUAACUGGAUUCAAGUACUUGUUUCAGAUGAACCAAAUGACAUCAGAUGACUUCUUUUACCUUCCCUUUCUCUCAUAUUUGUACCGCGGUUGCCCAGCCCACAAUUGAUUUAAUCAGCUUAACCCCAGCACAUUAUGCUCCACUCUUUCUGUGAAAUAUGGUAUCACUUAAUACAGAUUGUUUCCGUUAUAGUUGAGAAAAGCAACUGAAAAUGACCUAUUUUGUUAAUAAGGACGCUGAAUAGUAAUGAGCAAGUUGAACCUCUGCGUUUUUGCAAAACUGCGGAAUUGUCAAGUUUAUACACAAAAUUUAUCUUUUCCGGUCCGACUUUUGCAAAUGAUCGUUUAAUAUGAGAUGAGUGAAAAUAGAAAAGAAGAAAGGAACAAAGCAUUGCUGCUGUACGUGGAAAAUUGUUUUCCCCAGUAUUGGCAAUUACAUGUACAAAGGAAGUGGUACAUUUUUUACGCAUGCACUUGCAAGCAGUAGUCAGACAAAAAACAGCCUAAAGUUGCAACCACUUGGGAAAAGUUCCAAAUAUAUUUCACCUACCACCAACUAUUAAAGUGCGGUUGAGGGCUAAUAGACCACCUUUUUUGAGAAGGCGAUAAGGUAAUUUCGGGAUGAGAAACUAUUUAAUUCUAUGCAGCUUUUGUUUACGUCUAAUGUUCAUCUCUCAGAUAGACGCCUGCCUAUUUAUAUACCGAGAAUUUAAAAGUAAAAAAGAUGCAGCGAAAGUGUAUUCAGAUUCAGAUCAACAUAUUCAUGUAUGUUAUCUUUUUAAGAAUCGAAAUUGGAGCGAGUCGAAAUUGACAGCAAGGG